CCCCGCCUCCCUCCCUUCCGCGCGCCGCUAUAUGAUUGGCUGCUGAAAGUUCCUUCCUUCUUUUUCUCCUCUCGCGGCUGCAAGGGAGGCCGGCAAGAUGAAUGACACAGUGACCAUCCGAACAAGGAAGUUUAUGACAAAUAGGCUGCUUCAGCGCAAGCAGAUGGUAAUCGAUGUUUUACAUCCUGGAAAGGCCACUGUCCCCAAAACUGAGAUCCGCGAAAAGUUGGCAAAAAUGUACAAGACCACACCAGAUGUCAUUUUCGUCUUUGGCUUCAGAACCCAUUUUGGGGGUGGAAAGACGACAGGCUUUGGCAUGAUCUAUGAUUCCCUGGACUACGCAAAGAAAAAUGAACCAAAACACAGAUUAGCCAGGCACGGCUUGUAUGAAAAGAAAAAGACUUCAAGGAAACAGCGUAAAGAACGCAAGAACAGGAUGAAGAAGGUCAGGGGAACAGCCAAAGCAAACGUUGGGGCUACCAAGAAGAAAUGAAGUGUCUAGCAGUGAGCCAACAUGUGGAUACAACAGAAAAACUAAAUUAUGCCAUCGGAAAAUCCAUGAAGAUAGUACUGAUUUGCCAGUGCCCCUUCAAAUAAAUUGUAUAAAAAAAUUAA